UGUGUCGUAGUAUCGGUGAUGGUCGGUAAAGUUCAAACUGUUCAACUGUAUCCAGGGCUUCUAGAAUACGGUGGCCAGAUGCCCGAGGCCAGUGGUUUUUGGAUUCGGGCCAGUAAAAGUUACUUUGUGAGAUCCCGAUGGCAAGUGAUAAAAAAAAAAUCUACAAGGUACAACGCUUGGAGUUGGCUCGUACGAAAACAAAAAAAACAUCUACAAAUCAAACGUUUGUGCUGUCUAAAUAUACUGAUUCCAAGUACAGCUGCUGUUUAUCUCGUGGAAGUUUCUUCUCUCACUUAAAUAGACUGGCAACUACAAAUGUUAGAUACCCCGCUGUGCUAAGGAAUCAUUGAAAGACAUUCCUUUCCUUUACAAACACAGCUUCGCGGAUAAAUAACAUGACAGACAAACAUCUAAUAGUAGUAUCCAUCCCAGGCGGAGAAGAUGCGUCUUACUACAAGAAAGAACUGCCUAGCAUUGCGGAAUUCGUGAAGGAACUGGAUGUGAAGACUGCCGAGACUGAUGACCUAAUCGUAGUGCAUGAGAAGAACACAAAACUCCUGAAAGGUGUGACAUUCACCCAUGCGAAAUGUAUAUCCGUACGUCAGCCUCUAGACCUGUGGAUGAGAGACUUCACGCGUGUCAUUCCAAGUUUACAAGUGCAGUUCACGUACAAUCCAAAUUACAUCAAGGCUAAAGAUGCUUCUUGGGUUUCUAAGAAUUUUGACAAAUUGCUGUCUGAAGUUGCAACGCUGGCAUCGGUUGACACGACCAAAAAUAAUAUAAUUCUCGAUGGAGGGAAUGUAGUUGAUAAUGAUGAUGAUAAAGCUGUAAUAACCGAAAGACUAUUGGCUGAUAAUAGACAAAUUACAGCUGUUGCCCUUCAAGAACAAGUAGAGCUCCUUUUGAAGAAAAAUGUUUGCCUCAUCCCAGAUCCUGGCGACAAAACUGGACAUUCUGAUGGGAUGGUGUCUUUCAUUGAAAGAGACACACUUUUACUGGCUGAUUAUGGCAACAAGGAUGAAUACGAAAAAUUAGAAUGCAUCAUACGAUCCAGGUUCCCAGAUACGAAGAUCGUCAGGCUUCCCUGUAAAGAUACGGGUAAAACCUGGAAAGGCAUUUCGUCUGCUGUUGGAUCCUACGUCAACUGUCUGGUCACCAGCGAUUGCGUGUACAUCCCUCGUUUUGGCGAAGACAACGAGGAGGUUAUGUCAAUUAUUCGGAGCAAUACAAGCAAGAAGGUGGUUUCUGUGGACACUGGGAAGCUGUCACAUAUGGGAGGAAGCGUCAGAUGCAUGACGUGGCAGAUUCGUUCGUCACACCCUAUUGCCAAAGGUUUGCUUCAGCUGGCCAGUUGCGAGCAGCACUGAAGUCCAAAUUAUACAGUGAUGCUGUGAUGUAUUUGAUAAUAAGGAAUCAAUGAUGUGUGGGGUUUUUGAGCUGUUUAUCUUUUUUAGCUUCAUUUUGACCCCCAAAAAGAUGCCAGACGUGGCAGAUACAUUCGUUGCUUAGCUUCAGCUGGCCAGUUCCGAGCAGCACUGAAGUCCAAAUUUUACCGUGGUGUACUCUCACGAUGUCUUUCUUCUUUUUUUCUUUUUAAUUUUCUUUUUAAAAUUCUUUUUUCUUUUUUGUUUAUUUUAUUGUUUGGGUUGGAGUUUUACAA